UGGAAUCUGGUCACGUGGAAAAUUGUCAAUAUUAUGUAUUUUGUUGUUUAUUUCCAAAUUGUUCUCCAAAAUUGAAAUGUUUUCUAAAUUACUUCCCACCGUGUUACUGUAUGGCGGCCGCAGAACCUACUCCAUUUGCUCCAAAGUCUACUCUAUCCCCACAAGUAAUAAAACAGCCACUGGCCACUUGCUGAAGCUUCCCAACUUGUGUUUACAGGCAAGGGGAUAUGGAACACAUAUAGUUAUUCGGCACACCAAAGAUCGAUUCUAUAUCGACAUUCAGGAACAGCGAGCCGAGUUGCUGUAUUCCGUUGCUGAAGGAGUGAUGACCAUUCAGAGCACCCAAGUUCCCAAGGAGCUGGGAGGACACGGGAUUGGAAAGCUUUUGGCGAAGGCGGCACUGGACUUUGCAUUGCUCAAUGGAAUGUUUAUUGUUAUCAAAUGCCGAUUUGUCCAGCACUAUAUUGACAAAUAUGAACCGCAAUAUGCCAAGUACAUUUUGAACUAGGCA